UCGUAGAAAUAUUUCCUUCACCCUCAUGAGCUGUUGUUGGCAUAGAUUGUCUUUUGGUUUGGUUUGGUUUUUAGAGAGAAAGAAAUUGCUCUGUGCCUACCGCAAGAGGCUUCUGAGUGUUUGUCAUUGACUAUUUCUGUUCAAAAUUGUCCAAAUUUUAACACUGUUUCAUUGAUUUUGACCACAACUGAAUUGAUCGACCCGAUAAAAGGAUUUGAGAAAAGUUCUAUUUUUGGUCAUCACCCGUUACAAUACAUUGUUGUGGUUGUUCGACUAGCCGUUGUUCUAGAGGGGGAAUAUUGGAAGUUUUGGAACUCAACCAAUGAAUUUUCCAGAAGAACUAUGGGACUUCUUCUCGUUCUACUCACACUUCUUGGAACCGGAACCAGCCUCAAAGUUGGACUUCUUCACAUGCAUGGAUUAACUGGACAUUUCGACAGUGAAAAGAACUUGAAGUUCAAAGAGUUUGUGGAAAGUCACACCGACGUAGAGGUACAUCUGAUUGACGCCUUCAACUAUGGAGAGAGCAUUACGAGUCUCACUUAUCAAGUGCCUAUAAUUCUAGAGCAAGUAAAAGAGAUUGCAGCAGAAUACGACAAAGUGAUAGCAGUGGGUCACUCUCAAGGGGGGAUUAUCUGGAGAGGGAUGAUUGAGAAAUGGGAGUAUCACAAUGUGGAUACCUUCAUCACUCUAGCUUCUCCACAACACGGCGUUGCAAACAUUCCUUCGGAGGUCCUUGACAAGUUUGUUGAAAGCAAAAUUGAAAGUGAGGGCUUGAAGUCAAUUGUUAUGGAAAUGUUGGGCAACAUUAGGGGUAUAUUCAGCUUAGAAUUUCUUCUCGAAAUAUUUAAACAAGUUAUCUUGAUCCUUGGACACGAAGAAGAGUCGGACGAACUGAUCGAAUCAAUUUUUAAUUUGGCUCCAGCCAACUACUACCUGGACUCCACAAAUCACACCUUGUAUCUUGAGAACAUAAACUUCUUUCCUGAACUAAACAAUGAAAAGGGCUCGGAUCAAGAAAAAGAAACACAGAAAAAGAACUUUCUAGGACUGAGGAAGUUGGUUAUGAUUGGAGGUCCCCAGGACGGGUUUCUCGUGCCCUGGCAAUCUGCCAUCUUCGGCUACUUUGACGAGAAUGGAUAUGCUGGACAGAACGUACUUAAUAUGACAGAGACUACAUUCUACAAAGAGGAUCUGUUUGGUUUGAAAACCCUGGCUGAAAGAGGAGGAGUGGAGAAGCAUGUGGUGGAAAAUGUGGACCAUUUUCAGUUCGGUUAUAACCGUCGUAUCAUGGAGACUAUAGUUCUACCUGUACUAAAGGAGGUUACAGAGAAUGUGGCAAAUUGAUCUGAUAGUACUGAU